AUGUUUCAAACACACACGCAGAACUCCAACAGCUCAGCGGCAUCGCUGGUAACGGAGGGCACGCCCUCCGUGGCGGCAUCUAAGACCAACCCACCGGGAACUCCCCAGAUGCUGCACAAGUUUGGGUCGAACGAGACGCUGUCUGUGCUCUCGAGAAGCAUCACGGCGACGUCGGUGAACUCGACGUCGACCAUCAACACCACGUUCGAGACGAACUGGAUGCCCAACUCGUUUGUGGUGAGCAAAAAGAAGUACAAGAUUUCCCUCAAGCUCAAGACCAGUGAGAUCGAGCUCUUGCGUAAGUCGUGGGCCAUUGUCACAUCCAACGAGACGUACACACCCAGCUCGAACGGACUGGAGCCACUGUCGUCCCGCAGCAGUUCCAUGACCGGACUCAAUCUGAUGAAGACCAACACGGGCUCGUCGAACCAGGGUAACCCUCUCAACGGCGGCAGCGGGAGCGCCGGUACCGGUAGUGCAGGGUCCAGCGGUCCAGGGGCUGGUUCCGGGAUGGGUGCUGUUUCGGCAGGCCCUGGAAAGACCACCUCCAGCUUCAACACUGCCUCCUUUUCGUCGUUUCUCUUCUGCAUCCAGUUUUACAACAACUUGAUCUCGAUGGACCCGGAGAUCGAGAACAUGAUCCCAAGUAUCCGACAUCAAGCAUCGGCUUUUGCCGGCGUCAUUACGGUGGCCAUCGGCACCUUGGAAGAUUUGUCCAAGAUGAAGGAGUCACUUUUAAACUUAGGCCACUUGCACGCAAGAAUCUUGGGUAUCGACUCCCCCUACUUCAAGAUCAUGGGUGAAGCGUUGAUCAAGACCUUCCAGGACUGGUUCGGAAACAGCCCGGAGUCGUUUCCGUUGGAGCUUGAGGAGGCGUGGAUCAAGCUCUACUGCUUCCUGGCAAACUCGAUCAUCCAGGGCGGUAUAGACCCUGUCAUCGAGUAUAACCUCCAGUCGGCCAGGAAACAGGCUGGAUUAGAUGAGAACUCGCAGAUCGACGAAGACGAAGAGAUUGACGACGACGAAAGAGCUGAUCAGUUGACAAACCUACAGGAGUCCGACGUCGGGAGCAGCUACAAUCCGAGCUCUGCUACCGACGACUCUCUCAAGAAGUCCGCUGCGUCGUCCAAAAACUCUCCAAGUCAGCCAGUGUUCUCCAAAUACGAGCCUUCGAUCAGUUCCACCAGUAACUCGAAAUCAUCGUACAUUCCUAAGAAUAUCAAUAGACUCAAAAAGUCCAGAACCGGUGCCAACAGAGAAGACUGUACGAUCAUGUAG